AUGGCACAGGAGUGGAGCGACGUCGUCGUCAAGUGUGCCACCAAGGCCGCCACAAGCGACGAAGACGGGGCCGCCGUCGCUGCCGCGGUGGCGCCCCCGGGGCCGGCAGCCAGCGCCACUGCCACGCCCUUCAAGUUCAACGUGCACGCGCCGGAGUUCGUGCCCAUGUCGCCCGCCGCCGCCAGCCCCAUCGCCAGCCCCAUGUCGGCGCCGGCGAGGGGCUACUACUCGCCCUUCAUGCAGAUGCAGCCGGGCCUCUCGCCCGCCGACUGGAGCUUCUUCCAUGACCACGAGCCCGUGUUCUUCAUGCCCGACUUCGCGCACGCCAAGUUCGGCGCGGCCACGGCCACCGCCGCUGCUGUUGGGAGCAACAGUGCUCAGGCCAAGGGGACCGCCGCCACCACGGACGUCGCACAGAAGAUUGUCAAGCAGGUUGAGUACCAGUUCAGCGACAUCAACCUGGUGGCAAACGAGUUCUUGCUCAAGAUUAUGAACAAAGACACAGAAGGCUAUGUUCCCUUGUCAGUCAUUGCAUCCUGGAAGAAGAUCAAGUCCCUUGGGGCAACCAACCAGAUGCUGGUGAAGGCUCUUCGCACCUCCACAAAGCUUAAUGUCAGUGACGACGGCAAGAAAGUCCGGCGCAGGCAGCCAUUCACGGAGAAACACAAGGAAGAGCUUCAGUCCCGCAUGAUCAUAGCGGAGAAUUUGCCAGAGGACUCGUCUAGGAACAGCCUCGAGAAGAUCUUUGGCGUUGUCGGCAGUGUGAAGAACAUCAAGAUAUGCCAUCCACAAGAGCCUAGCACUGCAAGGGCUUCCAAGUCCGACACGCUAGUCAGCAACAAGAUGCACGCACUUGUGGAGUACGAGACGUCACAGCAAGCCGAGAAAGCAGUGGAGAAGCUGAAUGACGAACGGAACUGGAGGAAAGGGCUCCGUGUCCGCACAGUGCUCAGGCGCUCGCCCAAGUCAGUGAUGAGGCUGAAACGGGCAGAUUUCGACCACUUUGUAGCCUCCGACGACGACUCGCCGCACUCCUCCCAGAUGUCAUCCGACUCCCCUACAGCAGACUACUCUUCACCUGCAGCUGCUGCUGCUGCCGAGGCGGCGGCGGCGGCAGCAGCUCAUGGUCACGCUCACGUCCAGCAGCAGCAGCAGCAUCAGGAGGAUCAGCAGCAGAAUGGUGGGGGCAAGCAGAAAGGGUGGGCUCGAGGACGAGGGACGACGAAGCUGCACAUCACGGCGCCGCAGAGCCCGCAGUCGGCUCCCGCGGGCAUGGCCGGCCACUUCGACCCGUCCAGCCCCCGCACCUCGUCGUCGUCGCAGAAGCAGUGCCCGUCCAGCCCCAGCAGCAGGCAGCAGGUGGCUGCUGCUGCCUCUGCCUCCUCCCAGAAGUGCCCCUUCAGCCCCAGGCAUCAGCCUCAUCCUCCCCAGGGCCCCAGGAUGCCCGACGGCACGCGUGGCUUCACCAUGGGCCGGGGCAAGCCGGCGGCAGCAGCACCAACGUCGCCGGCAGCAGCAGCUGCGCGAGCGACUCCUGCUCCUGUCCUUGUUUAG